AUGGGCGUGCAUCCCAGCCUGUCCGCCAUGCCCGGCAUGCUCAGCGCACUAAACCCACCCGUCCGCCCCUUCUCGACCUAUACGCUCCAAUCGGCCUUGCUGGCGGACAUCCAGGACGCCCUCCUGUCCUCGGGCCCACGGGGCAUCCUGCGUGGCGCCCAGGUCGCCAGGAUCGCGGCCGGCCUGACCCUGGAGCAGGCGCAGCGCGUCGCCCAGCGCCGGCCGCCCCUCUCAGGCCCGGCGGUGCUGCGCAGGCUGUGCGAGGGGCUGGGGGCCACCUACAUCAAGCUGGGUCAGGUCAUCGCUUCCAUGCCCUCCUUCUUUCCGCCAGAGUAUGUCCAGGAGUUCCAGGCAUGCCUCGACGCGGCCCCCCCCGUCCCCUUCUCCGAGAUCAGGCCGCUGAUAGAGGCAGCCGCAAAGGCCCCCCUGCACAGCGUCUACGCCCACAUCGACCCGGUCCCCCUGGCUGCCGCCAGCGUGGCACAGGUGCACGUGGGCGUGCUGCGUGCCUCUGGAAAGCGCGUCGCGAUCAAGGUGCUCAGGCCCGGCAUCGAGGACACCUUGCGCACAGACAUGACCUUCCUGGUGCUGGGGGCGCGGCUGCUGGAGGCUGCCAGCCCUUCCUUAUCUCGCACCUCCCUGGCGGCCAUGCUCUCCGACUUCCGGACCUCGGUCCUGGGCGAGGCAAACCUGGAGGCUGAGGCCCGGCACAUGGCCGCCUUCAGCGCCUACCUGGACGCCAGCGGCGCGCGGCGCCUGGCCACCUGCCCCGAGCCCUACCCCGCCUUCUCCAGCCGCCGGGUGCUGGUCAUGGACCUGCUGGAGGGCGUCCCCCUCACCGACGCUGCGGUCGUGGUCGCGCACGCGCCGGGGACGGACCCGGAAGCCGUGCUCCGCGCGGCGCUGGACACCUGGACCGGCUCCCUACUGGCCUGCGAGACGUUCCAUGCCGACAUUCAUGCAGGCAACCUGCUGGUACUGCGCGACGGCCGGGUGGGCUUCAUCGACUUUGGCAUCGUGGGCUCCGUUUCGCCCGUCACCUGGGCGGGCGUGCGUGCGCUGGGCCAGGCCCUAGUCGCCGGCGACUGGGCGGCCGCCGCCGCGGCCCUGGCCACCGUGGGCGUCACCGAGGCGCAGGUCAGUGUGCAGGGCCUGGCGGCCGACCUGGCGGGGCUGGCGGGGCGGCUGGGGGAGCUGGACGCGGCCGCGGUGCUUUCCUCCAUGGAGGGGGGCCCCAGCGCCGGGGCCCUUGAGGCCAUCGAGCCGCAGAUAAACAAGAUCCUGGUGGACCUCACGAGCAUGGGUGAGAAGCACGGCAUCCGCUUCCCACGCGAGUUCGGCUUGCUGAUCAAGCAGCUCCUCUACUUUGACCGGUACACCCGGAUUCUGGCCCCAUCCCUUAGCGUGUUUGAUGGCAAGAAAGAGGUCCAACCACAUGACUACAUCGAUGUCUGA